ACCUUUUCUUGUGUUUUACUGCCCCAUACACUCAGCCACUCACUUGAUAGUUGCUACACUUAUUCUUUCUUCAAUACUAGUAUCUCUCACCAUCACAAGAAAUUAAUCUCAAAUAUGGGCUCUGGAGACAAUCUCUUCACUGUUGUGGCAAAGAACAUUGAUGUUCUUGCUAUGCCUCUGGUUUCUCUCGUUUAUCCUCUGUAUUGUUCGGUGAAGGCCAUCGAGACUAAAUCGCGCAUGGACGAUCAGCAAUGGCUGACAUAUUGGGUGCUCUACUCUCUCAUCACCUUAUUCGAGCUCACAUUCUCCAAACUCAUCGAGUGGUUUCCGAUCUGGUCUUACGCGAAGCUGGCGGGCGUGUGCUGGCUGGUGCUGCCCUACUUCAACGGUGCAGCUUACGUGUACGACAAUUUCAUCAGACCUUUCUACAAAAAUCCUCAGAUUACAAUGUGGUAUGUCCCAAGAAAAAAGAAUGUGUUUAGCAAGCCAGAUGAUGUUUUGUCUGCUGCUGAAAAAUAUAUUCAGGAAAAUGGACCUGAGGCGUUUGAAAGGCUCAUUGCUAGGGCUGACAGAGAAGCGAGGAGCAGGAGGAGCAGCUACUCGAUCUUCCAUGAUGAUUAUGAAUAUUAAUGAGUUUAUUUUAUUAAUUAAGCUUUUUUUUAAUCUAAUGUGGCUGUUAAGUUUUGAUUUUUGAUUAACCUAAUUAUGACCGUUGUAAUUUGUUGUGUCAGUGUGAACUGUGUUUUUUCGCACCUUUUGAUUGGUUUGGUCACCUGGUGGUUUUUACAUAAUUUUGAGUUGUUGCAUCAUGUAUGUUUGGGUUAAUUUACUGGAAGUGUUUAUGUUGUUUGUUAA